CAGGCGGGCCCGAGGCCAGCCGCGCUGCCGGGGGCGGCCCCGCCCCGGCCGGCAAUGGGCGGACCGAGGGACGCGGGGCUCGAACCGGCGGCGCUCGGGAGGCCGAGGGGGGGGGGGCGGAGGGCCCGCUGCGCCCAUGGCCUCCGCGCUGGAGGACCCGCUGCUGCUCCGUCCUCUGCGAGGCCACCGGGCGGCGGUGACGGGCGUCAGCUUCAGCGCGGACACCGCGGGGCUGGCCACCUCUUCUUUGGAUAGGUCUCUUAUGAUAUGGAAGCUGAAGAAGCAGUGCAGAGCUUACAAAUUUGUGGGUCACGAGGAAGCUGUGACCAGCGUGCAGUUCUCACCAGAGGGGCGUCUACUUGCUUCAAGUUCCCAGGAUCGUACUGUCAGACUAUGGAUCCCUUGCAUUCAUGGAGAAUCAUCGGUACUGAAAGGUCAUACAGCAUCUGUUCGUAGUGUGAGCUUCUCACAUGAUGGCCAAUUCCUAGUUUCAGCUUCCAAUGAUAAAUCGAUAAAAAUAUGGAGCGUUCAACGUCAGCGACUUUUGUUUUCCUUAUUCCAACACACUCAUUGGGUUCGUUGUGCCAAAUUUUCACCUGAUGGAAGACUAAUAGCAUCUUGCAGUGAGGAUAAAUCUGUGAAGAUCUGGGAUACAAGAAAUAAAACAUGUAUUGAUAGUUUCAUAGAUUAUGGAGGGUUUGCGAAUUUUGCAGAUUUCAACCCAAGUGGUACAUGUAUAGCUUCUGCAGGUUCUAACCAUACGGUGAAACUGUGGGAUAUUCGAAUGAACAAGCUACUACAGCACUACAGAGUUCACAGAGCAGGGGUUAAUUGUGUAUCGUUCCAUCCUUCUGGUAACUAUCUCAUCACUGCUUCUUCUGAUGGUACCCUUAAGAUUUUGGACCUCUUAGAAGGAAGACUUAUUUACACGCUUCAUGGACACAAGGGUCCUGUUCUUUCUGUGGCUUUUUCAAAAGGUGGUGAAAAAUUUGCCUCAAGUGGAGCAGAUGGCCAGGUAUUACUAUGGAAAACCAACUUUGAUUCAUUUGAUUAUAAAGUUCUCAAACACCACAUUAGAAGAAUACAUACUGAUGACCCUCCUCAUCUUCUUGAUAUUUACCCAAGGUCACCUCACCUCCAUGAUGAAAAGCUUCAGUCAGUUGAGGUCAACCCUACCUUUGAUGUGACUGAUACACAAACUCCUGACCCACCUGUUGUAGAGAUUACUUCUUCUCCAUCCUUUGGUACUCUGGAUGAUGUCAGCCACGAAGAUUUGCAGUAUACCCCUGCUUCAGUCUUGGCAACAAGUUCAAAGAGGAAGUCAGAGGAUGAGAGCGAAUCAGCUAUGCAUAAUGUGGACAAGCAAAUAGACAUCUCCCCAUCUCUGGGUAAUGCUUUGGAGAACAUUGUGGAACAGCUGGAUGUUUUGACUUUAACAAUUUCAAUCCUGGAACAACGGCUGACUAUGACUGAAGAUAAACUGAAAGAAUGCUUAGAAAAUCAGCAAAAAAUUUUACUUCAGGGAAGACAGGAAGAAUAAAAGAUGAAAAUGAACUGUAUUAAUGAUUAUGUUUUGUAUAUUCACAAGGAAAAAAUAAAUGUUGCUUCAUUGGAUUUCACUGUAAUUGGAAGAAAAAAAUCCUUUUCUAACUGUUGAUCUAAUAAAAACUGAAAAAAAUAAGUAUGACAUUUUAAACAUUAGUAGCAAGCAGAUAGUCUGGUUAUACAUUUAAUAAAGUGUAGCCCAGAUGAAAUUAAUAUGUUGUAAAAUCAUUCCCAAUGAAAGUUACAGGAUUCUUAUUUCAACACAGUAAAAUCUUUAACUAAAACUAAACAAUAAGCUAUAUCUUUUUACAUGAACAGCAAUCACUGUGGAAGUGCACUAUGCAGGUUUUUCAGCUCAGGUAAGGGCUAUGAAAAUAAAACUCUUUGUACUAAGGCAAUAUUACUCUAGCACCUAAAUUAAAUUAGGCCUAAUUAGCCCUGACUGCUUAAAUGCCAGAGGUUUUCUUUGUCCCUUACGUACUGUCAAAUAUGUUAACAAAAACUCAUACCACAUACUGCUCAUAUUCUAAAUAUUAUAGUGAUGAUUAUGAGAAGAUUUAGUGUAAUAACUUUUGGUUAAAAAUAUGAAAAUGAAGUCACUUAAGCUUUGAAACAAUAAGGGGAUGUGUGUGAAUUCAGCUGCAAGACAUGCAGUCUAGCACUUCCACCAGAAUUCAUUUUUCAUAUUUAGAAGGUACAUUUCUGAGGAAUAUAUCUGAACCAAUAUAUCUGAACCAAACACAUAAUGAUGCAAAGUUUAUAUCAGAAAUAUAAAAGAUCCUCAUCCUCCGGGGACUUCCACAGAUGCUCAAAUUUCACAUGCUACAAAUUCCCCCCAUAGUUUAACACAUUACAAAUUAAGCUACAAAUCUGUAAAGACGUCAUGUGAUUCAAGUAUAAUGAAUUUUGGUUUUAUUUGUAAUAAAAAUGUGUUUUUUAGAAAGACA